GGGGCCGCGGGCCGGGGCGCCAUGGGCAACCUGUUCGGCCGCAAGAAGCAGAGCCGGGUCACAGAGCAAGACAAGGCCGUCCUGCAACUGAAGCAGCAGCGAGAUAAGCUGAAGCAGUACCAGAGGAGGAUCACCCAGCAGCUGGAGAGGGAGCGGGAGAUCGCCCGGCAGCUCCUGCGGGACGGGAGGAAGGAACGGGCCAAGCUGCUGCUCAAGAAGAAGCGGUACCGGGAGCAGCUUCUGGACAAGACAGAAAACCAGAUCACCAGCCUGGAAACGAUGGUCCAGAAUAUUGAGUUCACCCAGAUUGAAAUGAAGGUGGUCGAAGGGCUGCAGAUUGGAAAUGAGUGUCUGAAGAAGAUGCACCAGGUGAUGUCCAUAGAAGAAGUGGAGCGGAUAUUGGAGGAGACCCAGGAGGCCGUGGAGUACCAGCGGCAAAUAGAUGAGCUGCUGGCAGGAAGCUUCACUCAGGAGGAUGAAGAUGCCAUCCUGGAGGAGCUGAAUGCAAUCACUCAGGAGCAGAUAGACCUCCCCGAGGUCCCUUCAGAGCCCCUCCCCGAGAAGAAGCCAGAAAAAGUCCCCGUCAAGGCCAGGCCUCAACAGGGGGACCUGGUGGCAGCCUCCUAACUCGGCCUUCUUGCGUGGGACUGGUGGGGACGCCCCGAGACUGGGGCCCACAGAGCUUCGGUGCACGGCCCAACCGACCGGCUCCCCGGGGCCGGCGCCAGGCCGGGCGGGUGCUGCUGGAGCAGCGACGCGCACGCAGGGCUUGACACGGGGCGGCUCUGCAGAGCCUCUGCCUGCGCUGCUGUCUCGCUCUCCUCUCGGGACCGAACGGCAACACUCCCAGCCUCCAGCCAAACCCAGCUUCUGAGGCUGUGAUUCCCCUGCGGCCACAGGCAGGCCCGCGGCUCCUGGUGCUGGCCACGCUCCUGUCCCCCGCCCCGCAAGGCUCCGCAGGCCGCCACCUCCCCAGCUCGCUCUCUUUGGAAGGCGCGUCAGACCUAGCUUCUUUCCCUUACCUUUUCCACUUCCGCCGCUCCCGCCAGCUGGCGGGGCGCGUCCUGACCCGCCCAGUUUCCCCAUCGGUUCGGGGGUGGAAAGCUCUCCCCUUCUGUGUCGGCGUUUGGGGAUGCCGGACCAGGAGGGACGCGUCCCUGUGGAGUGACGGCCGCGGGAGCCCUGACCGGGCCUCCUCACCUGUGGGCCUGGGUGCAGAGGCCCGGCCCGCUGCAAAGGCUGUUCCCAGAGAGCCAGAGGCGCUGCUGGGGUUCCCGGAGGUGCUCACGGGCUCCCCUCUGGUGGGUGUGGCCCCCCCAUUGUCUGGGACUCCCUGCAGCUUGGGCUCAGGAAUCUGCCAGAGACCCAGGGCUCCCCGCCCCGCCCCCCCCCAGCCAACAGCCUCCGGCCACACACUGCGGAGGCUGGAAAUGGCUUCCCUAGUUAACGGUUCGUUACGGUAUUAGACAAUCCUGCCGACAUUUCACUCCCGACAAGGAGGGAGCCCCAGACGGGCCAGCCCCCUAUUAAAGCUGAUGCCUGCA